AAGAACAUUGUCUUAAUCACUGAGGGAGAAGAAAAGGUAACAGUCAAUCUUGGAGCAGCAAAAGCAGCACAAAGAGCUGAAAUGGUGAAAGGCUAUGCUUCCAGAUACCGCAAAAAACUUGCAAGCGAGGACAGAAGCAAAACCAUUGAGGCGUUAAAACAAGGCAUUCUGGAAAAAGCAAGAGAUGAUGAACAUGAAGGAAAUCUAGCCUGGGACUAUGGAUUCGAACAAGCACUAAAGAAGGAAGCAUAUAGACAAGCUGUAGACAUUGUUGAUGAAAAUGAGCCUGAAUACUUGUUAUCACCAGAAUUCUUUAAAACGGAAUUUGCAGAAGAUGUAAACUUGAGUUUUCUCUCUCCAGAAAGGUAUUAUAAGCCACAGCCUGUAACUAAAGCUGAGAAAGCAGAGAGGGCUAAAUCUCAAACCCGCCUUGAAAGAGAGAGGCUUUUGGCAGCAGUUGAAGAGGGACGAGCCAGGCGUAAGAGAUUGAACGAAGCAGAAAAGCGGAGACAGGAAAGAUGGAAAUAUGAAGAGAGUUUGCGUCAGAUGCCUGAACCAUCAGCUGAACCCAAGCCAAGACGAAGGAUGAAACGUAAGACAUCAAUUAGCACAAUAAAAGUUUUAAGCCGAUAACUUUAAACUCCACAAUAAUAUUGUGUAUGGGUCAAGAUUAACAUUGGUCAUAGUUGGGCCAGGACACAUUCCAUUUGUUCUCAUCUCCUCUCGGAUAUCAAAAGAAUAUUGUCCAGGACACGACUGCAAGCAACAUGGGAGAGAAAAAUGAUGGCACAUAUUAAAUGCUAGUGUGAAUUUUCUUUUUUUUUAAUUCAAUGCUCAAAUAUUGGAAAAGUAUUUGUUUUAAAUUACUGUUUAACUGUGUGAAAAUUGUAAGAUCAUGCAAUGAAACCACCAGAUAUACAUCCGUCUUGAAUUGGCAGUCUUAUCCCUGACUAAGAUUUAAUAACUUUGCUUGCAUUUGGUCAUUUAGUAGCAAAGAACUUGAGCAUUGCUGUAAAAAGUCACAUUUUGUCAAAGCUUUUCAUCUGCCACUCAGUACA